AUGUUAAGUUUCACAGAAACCGAAAAAAGUGAAUCAGUACUGAAUUUAAAUGGUUAUCAGUUUACAGAAAAACAAUGUAAUAAGACGAGUAAUAAAUGGAGAUGCAGAGAUUGUAAGUGCACAAGUGUCAUUUCGUUAUGUUCACAAGGUUUAAUCAUCAUGAAAGAUGAAGCACAACCGUCGCCUACACAAGAUAAAAGUAAGAUCAUUAUUGAUACAACAACAAUUUAUGAAAAAUUCAAAAGUUUUGAAUUUGACACUCAUAAAAAACGAAAGUUAACAAAGCUACAAUUAGUCAUAAAAUGCGGAAGAGCUGUAAAAAUUCAUAUGGAAUAA